AUGGAUGAAAGUGAAGAAAAAGACGAACACGAGCAUGGUGAUUUUCCUGAAGGUCCUGGCAAACUAUACGAACCCUACAUCCGAAACGAAGAUUUAGUGGACAAGCUCAAAUUACUAGACUAUGAAGAAGGUUUUCUCAAAAUGAAUACUGCAUUCAAACCUGUCCAGAGGCAUUAUUUUGUGAACUCAACCAAUGUUGGCGAGCAAUUCUUUAUGUUCACUUCGCUGGCUGCCUGGCUGAUAAGAAAAGGUGGCAACGAAAGUUAUGAAAUGCCACAAGAGUUCGAUGACCCGAACGCGACCAUUGCUGGAAUUAUGGGACACCUACGAGCCAAUGUGAGUUCAGUUCACCUUUAUUAA